AUGGAAUCCAAUCAAAUUCCAAGUGAAUUGAAAGCAGACAAUCAAGAUCAUGCUGAUUUCGAUGCGCACCCAAAGUAUUCUGCGCAUGGAGAAAAUAGUGAAGUUGAGAUAAAUCACUUAAAAGAGCUUAUUUUGAUAUUUCGAAGGUCAUCUGAAUUUCUCUCCCUUGAAGAUUCAUUAACACUGUUGUGCCUGAAUAAGUAUAGUGAACUACACUGACUGGCACGGGGUGCUUUUGGCUCGAAACUGAGCCAAAAGCACCCCGUUCCAGUCAGUGUAGUUAACUAUAUAUAAGACAGCAUAUUGCAAACUCAGAAUGAGAAACGAUGGUAAGUGCUAAAGCUUUCUCAAAGUUUCUCGAAGAAAAUUACCAGGCAGAUUUUAUUAGUACACUUCAAGAAUAUGAUAUAAACUUCCACAAUCUAUACAACAACUUUGUAAAAUCUGAAAAUUUACUUACUCCCCCCCUCCGUGAGCGAGAAAAAACAUUAGAAAAAUCGCUAUUUUUUUGCCCAAAAACCCAUCCUCCGUGAGUGAACAAAAAUUUUUUAUGGAAAAAAAUUUUUGAUAUAUAAAUGAUAAUUAUUAUAAUGAAAUCUAGAGCUAAUUCUGUUUAAUUUUAAACGAACUGCUUUUUAAAACAUAAAUUUUAUAAAUUAAAUUAAUAUUUCUUUUCAAAUUUUUGCGAAUUAGGGUUUUUAUAAAUUUCCAAAAAAAAAAAUUUUUUUAUAAAAUUUAUAUAUCAAUUUUUUUAAAAAAAAAAUUAACCCCUCCGUGAGUGAACAAAAUUUUUUUUUUUUUCACUUACGGAGGGGGGGAGUUAAAAAUCCUUGCGGAGAGCUUGGAUUUCAGUAUUGGCAUAAGGAUGGAGACUGAAGAUUUUCUAAAAAAGGCACCUGGAAAAAUAAAUCAAGAUGCUUUUGCACAUCAAAUAGUUGGGCUAAACUUUCUCAAGAAAUUCAGUUGGAAGACAAGCAAUCUCGUAAAAUUUUAUUGGCAAAGAGUUAUGUUGCAAGAAGAGUUGAUUGCGAUAGCACUGCACAAUUUACAGUCGAAGGUUAUGAGUAUGAAAGCUGAAAUACAAUUUUUGAUACAGGAAAAUUCCUUCAUCCUUAUAAUGAAGUUGUUAAAAGCCCUUCAUGUGGAUGAAUGAAAGUAGAUUUUAUGAAAGUAAUCAACCCAAAUAAAAUAAAGGUGACGAUAGCAGGUGAGGACAAUCAAUGAUGGAGUGGAUAUUAUGGGCCAAGAUUUGGGUAUACUGAUAUUCGAAUAAUAAAUAUUUAAGGCCUUUAUUAUUAGAAUUCUACUAAAUAAGUGAAUAUGAAUACUUAAUAUUUUUCUAAUAAAGUAA